AUGGAGAGGCAACGUGCACCUAAGGUGGUGAUCAUCGGUGGAGGUAUUAGCGGGCUGGCAGCCGCCAACGAUCCGGUGGUCUUCGAGGCCACCAACUCAAUUGGAGGAGUUUGGAAACACUGCUCAUAUCGGUCAACGAGGCUCCAAACCCCUCGACCAGAUUAUGAGUUCUCUGACUAUCCAUGGAAGAAUCGGGAAGAUCCUAGCUUUCCGACUCACAACGAGAUAGUUGAGUACUUGCAUGGCUAUGCCACACACUUUAAUUUGUGGAGACUCAUACGGUUGGAGUCUAAAGUGACGGAGGUCAGGUUCCUUGGUGAUCGGCAGAAGGCCGGAUUCACUGAGCUGUGGGGAGAGGAGGGACGGGCUGUACCCAGUCAACCAAUUUGGGAGAUUGGGGUUGUGACCGGGACAUUGGAGACCGUACAGUGGUACAAGUGUGAUUUUGUGGUGAUGUGCAUCGGAAAAUAUGGUGAUAUAGCAAAGAUGCCAGUCUUCCCUUAUGGGAAGGGACCUGAAAUAUUUCAGGGUAAAGUGAUGCAUAGCAUGGAUUACUGUAAGCUCGAUGAAAAUUCAGCAAGUAAGUUGAUGACAGGGAAGAAGGUUGUAGUCGUUGGCUAUAAGAAAUCAGCCAUCGACUUAGCUCUCGAAUGUGCAGAAGCUAACAAAGGGCCAGACGGGCAGCCUUGCACAAUGGUGAUAAGGACCUUGCAUUGGACUGUCCCAUCCUAUUCUAUAUGGGGCCUCCCCUUCUUCUUGUUCUAUUCAACUAGGUUCUCUCAAUUCCUCCAUCCAAGACCAAACCAAGGACUUAUGAGAUCUCUCACGUGCCACCUCUUAACACCAAUGAAGAGAGGUGUGUCAAAGUUUAUAGAAUCAUAUCUAGCGUGGAAGCUCCCACUUGAUAAAUACGGAUUGAGGCCUGAUCAUCCUUUUGAUGAGGACUAUGCUUCAUGUCAAAUGGCAAUAUUACCUGAUAAUUUCUUCACCGAGGCUGAUCAAGGAAGGAUUAGGUUUGAGAAAUCAUCGAAAUGGUGGUUUUGGGAGAAGGGAGUGGUUUUGGAUGAUGGCACCAAGUUGGAGGCUGACGUGGUGUUCUUGGCUACUGGAUUUGAUGGGAAGAAGAAGCUCAAAUCAGUGCUCCCUGAACCAUUUUGUGGCUUGUUGGAGGAUUUAAAUGGUGUCAUGCCACUUUAUAGGGGCACAAUCCACCCUCUAAUCCCACACAUGGCGUUCGUGGGCUACAUCGAGAGUGUGUCAAACCUCCACUCUGCAGAGCUCCGCUCCAAAUGGCUGGCAAGGCUACUCGAGGAGAAAUUCAAGCUGCCAAGUGUUGAGGACAUGUACGGCCAAGCAAAUAGAGAGAUCGAGGUCAUGAAACAAACAACUCGCUUUUAUCGUCGCCAUUGUAUCUCGACCUUCAGCAUCAACCACAGCGAUGAGAUCUGCGAGGAGAUGGGAUGGGAGUCUUGGAGGAAGAAUAACUGGAUCUCUGAAGCCUUCAGCCCUUACAACAACCAGGACUACAAAGAGUAAUACGGCUAGUGACAGUGAUAUUAAUUAGUAUGGGAUUUGUUUAUUCCUAAUAAUUAAUAAUUAAGAUAUUUUAUUAUCUGGAAAAAAAAGUACGUAGUUUGCUGAAAUAAUUUAAUUAAGGUUAGGCAUAUGUAACAGUUAAGAAGUCAAACUUAUUGUUAAGGUUGAACUGAAAGGCUGGGAUGUGUCAACUAUAUGUGGCCUCACUGCAUGUAGUUUUGAUUGUCAACUAGAUCUUGUGGUCUAUAAGUCUUAAUAAUUCUUUGUGUCAAAGUGUACUUGGGGUUUGUUUAUGUAUUAUGAAGCAUACAUUAAUAUA